AUGGAACCCUGGCUGUCUUGUUCUCAGCUAUAGCCCCAGUACCUGGGACUGUCCCAGACACACAGCAGACCUUCCCCGGACCCUCCAAAGAGACAGCGGCAGGAGCGCACGGUCUACACUCGCAGCCAGCAGGAAGAGCUAGAAGCUCACUUUCUGGAAAAUCAGUACCCGACCUUUGAUGAGCGACAGGAGCUGGCUCAGAAACUCAACCUUGGGGAGCACCAAGUGCAGGUGUGGUUCAAGAAUCGGCGCGCCAAACUAGCCCGGGAGCAGCGGCUCAAGAAGCAGCCCCAGAGCGGCCCAGGGCGGAGAGGCCGCGGAGCACGCGCUUCGCCCCCAGUCCCUGCAGCCGCUGCCUCCGCCCCUGGAGGUCCUGAGUUCCCGCAGGGCUGGGAUUCCUGGAUGUCCCCUCAGCCGGGCCCCUCGGGAAUCCUCCCAGCAGCAAAACCCACGACCUACAGCCUCCACCAGGCCUGGGGUGGUCCUGAGCAUGGUGCACAGGGUGGCUUCCCGGCUGCCCCGGUUCCAGGCCCCGGCCCGAUCCCAGCCCCACUCCGUGGCCCAAUCUCAGCCCCAGCUCAGAUCCCAGGCUGGAUCCCGGGUCCCAUCCCAGGCCCAGCCCAGUUCCCAGGUCCAAUCCUAGCCCCAACUCCAGGCCCAAUCUCAGCCCCAGCUCAGAUCCCAGCCUGGAUGCCAGGCCACAGCCCAGACCCAGCCCAGAUCCCAGGCCCAGGUCCCAUCUUAAACUCUGGCCAAAUGCCAAGCCUAGGCCCACUCCCAGGCCCAAUCCCAGGCCCAGGAUCACUCCCAGCCCCAAUCCCAGACACUCCAUUAUUGCCUGACUUCAUGGAGCUGCUCACACCUCUAGACCCCUUGGAGGGAUCCUCAGUCUCCACCACGACAUCUCAGUACCAAGAAGGGGAUGACUCUAUGAACAGAGAAGGCUCAGGGUCUCAGCAUCAAGAGGAUGGCUCUGUGAAAGAAAACUACUCAGGCCCCAGGUCAUUACUGGAUAGCCAGGUGAGGCGGCAUCUGCAGAAUCUCAGCCAGGUCAGGGAAGAGUUGAAGGGGACGUGGGACAUAUUGGUGGAUGAUGUCAAAACCCUUUGCAAGCUUGUGCUGGCACCUUCUCAUGCCUCCUCGAUGGCUGCCACUAUGCCGCAGUACCAGACCUGGGAGGAGUUCAGCCGCGCUGCGGAGAAGCUUUACCUCGCUGACCCUAUGAAGAUUUAA